AUGCCGCUCCACCACCCGAAGCACCGCCACCACCACGACGAAGACGUCCUCCCCUACCACCGCUCCGACGACGAGGCGAAGCCGCGCCGCCCAUACGUCCCCUCCAGCUUUCCCUCCUCCCCUGCCUCCGCCGCCUCCCCCCACCGCUUCCUCCUCCCCUUCGCCGUCGUCUGCCUCCUACUCGCCGUGGCCUCCCUCUCCUUCGCCGUGUCCGUUAGCCGCCGCCCUGUGCCACUCCAGUCGCCUCCCGACUCCGUCGCCUUCCGCUGUGGCCGCGCCGAGGACUCCCUACGCUCCUUCCUCGCCUCCUCCGGGAACUACUCAGCCGGCGACAGAGAAAAGGUGCUCGCUGUCGUUGGCGUCCACACUGAGCUCGGAUCCGCCGCCCGCCGUGCUGCGCUCCGUGCCACCUGGUUCCCGCCAAACCCUGAAGGCGUCGUAAGUUUGGAACAUGGAUUUGGUUUAUCUUUUAGGUUUGUCAUUGGAAGGACGAAGGACAAAGAAAAAAUGGCAGAUCUUCAGAAAGAGGUAGACAUGUAUCAUGACUUCUUGUUUAUUGAUGCUGAUGAGGGUACGAAGCCCCCAGAGAAGAUGUUAGCAUAUUUCAAAGCAGCUUAUGACAUGUUCCACGCAGAAUUUUACGUCAAAGCUGAUGAUACUAUCUAUCUGCGCCCAGAUAGACUUGCUGCUCUCCUUGCAAAGGACCGACUUCAUCACCGGACUUAUAUUGGUUGCAUGAAGAAGGGACCGGUUGUCAGUGAUCCGAAUAUGAAAUGGUAUGAAAGUUCAUAUGGAUUAUUAGGUAAUGAGUACUUCAUGCAUGCAUCUGGUUCACUGUAUGCUCUUUCUUCAGAAGUGGUGGGAGCUAUAGCUACUACAAACAAUGAUAGUUUAAGGAUGUUUGAUUAUGAGGAUGUUACUAUUGGCUCAUGGAUGCUUGCCAUGAAUGUAAAUCAUGAAGACAACCGUGCAAUGUGUGAUUCCACAUGCACUCCCAGCUCCAUUGCUGUAUGGGACAGCAAGAUAUGUUCAGGCUCUUGUAACCCCAUUGAGAAAAUAAAGGAGCUGCACAACACAACUUUGUGCUCAAAAAGCCCAACAUUACCGCCUGAAGUGGAGGAGGAAGAGUAG